AUGGGUAGGCGGGUUCCGGAGCUCGUGAUGGACGUUGAUGGGAAGGAGACUCGAGUUGCGGUGUACCACCGUCGACGGCUGGGAGUGGUGACGGACGCACGUCCCGCUUCGCUAGAGAUAUUUCCGGAGGGCGAACAUAUGCUUGAUUUGAUUGUGGUGACGUUUGUAUACAUCGAGAAACUGAGGAAGGAUAGGGAGAAUCAGGCGAAGAAGAAGAUAAUGAAGCCUUAUUCGCGUCAUGGGGGUCCUUGA